AGCAACAAACAAGUAGCUCAAUUUGCCGCAGUCACCUGUAACUCCUUACUCGAUCAAUAAGACAAUGCGCCGGUUUCACGCUUUCUCAACCUGAAAGCUACUUCCCUGCUUCCACUUCCACAUUGUUGUUAUUAUUAUUAUUAUAAAGUUCUUUUUCACAGAGAGAUUGUCAUUAGAAAGAAACUGUAAUAAUAUAUAUGUAUAUAUAUGUAUGCACGUUUAAAGCAUUUUUAAUCGUGAAGCUGAAGUACUGGAUCGCGUGAAUGUUGCUUGGUCCAAGUGUUCUUCGCCAAUUAUGCGAACUCGUGUCGUUGUCUACUUAUUUGCAUGAAGAAUUUUGGACAAUUUCGUCGUUUUGUAUAAGCUGCGACUUUUACCAGCCAAGAUUCCUCCAGAUCUAGAAGAUCUCUGUUUCUUCAUAUAACCGACGUUGUUACGGAGAUUUCUCUGAUUUACUUGCCUUCUUUCGUACUGAGUCAGUCUGGAUUCAGAUUAUAUUAAAUAUUAGAGGCAAUGCAAGAGGUAAUUUGGAUUGAAGAAGGUGAGAAGUUUAAAGGUGGCUUAGAUGUUGACACAUCCGAGGACGAGAGACGGAGAAGUCGGAGCAGAUCUCUGAGGAAGAAAGCUAUGAGUGCAUCAACAAGACUGACACACAGUCUCAGAAAACGCGGCAAGCAUGUUUCUAAUUCUCGAUAUGCUUCGAUUUCGAUUGAAGAUGUGAGAGAUGCGGAGGAGGAAAAGGCAGUUAAUGCCUUUCGCCAGGCAUUGAUUUCCCAUGACCUUCUUCCACCUCGCCACGAUGAUUACCACACCAUGUUGAGAUUCUUGAAGGCAAGGAAAUUUGAUUUUGACAAAACUGUACAGAUGUGGGCAGAAAUGCUGAAGUGGAGGCAAGAGUUUGGGGCUGAUUCUAUCUUACAGGAUUUUGUCUAUGAUGAAUUCGAAGAAGUCCAGUGUUACUAUCCUCAUGGUUACCAUGGUGUAGAUAAAGAGGGUCGGCCUGUUUACAUUGAGAGACUUGACAGAGCUGAACCCAGCAAGCUUUUGAAUGUCACCACAGUGGAAAGAUUUUUAAAAUAUCAUGUUCAGGGUUUUGAGAAGACAUUCGCCAUGAAGUUCCCAGCAUGUUCUAUCGCUGCCAAGAGGCACGUAGAUACAACAAUAACCAUACUGGAUGUCCAUGGAUUGAAGUGGAUGAGUUUUGGUAGGGUUGCGCAUGACCUUUUAAUGCGCAUACAGAAAAUUGAUGGUGACAACUAUCCUGAGACAUUACACCGGAUGUUCAUUGUUAAUGCUGGCAAUGGAUUCAAACUGCUAUGGAGCACAGCUAAAACCUUUCUGGACCCAAAAACAACUGCAAAGAUUCAUGUUUUAGGCAAUAGGUUCCAUAAACAACUGUUGGAGAUUAUAGACUCGAGCCAAUUACCAGAUUUUCUUGGAGGAACCUGCUCAUGUCCAAACGAAGGCGGAUGCAUUAGAUCUGACAAGGGACCUUGGAAUGAUCCAGGAAUUAUGAAACUGGUACAUGCUAGUCAUGCUAUGUCCCCAAGGAAGACAAUAAGUUCUUCUAAUGGCGAUGAUUUAGAACUAAAAUUAUUCACCUCUAAGGUUGCAAAUAAUGAAAUAUCUUCUAUUGAUUCAACUGUAGAUUCAAGGCCAAGUACAUCAGGCUUCAUACAGUUGAUGCCAUUUCAUAACAAACGAAGGAUGAAUGGUCCUACUUCUAUCUGCAGUGUGGUUGAACCAGUUGAUGCCACAGGAGCUGAUGGUGCCAGAUCUACAAAUGAUUUAGCCAUAGAAGAUAAUCCAAGAAGGUCACUAAAGAAGUUCAUUCCUUAUGUAACAAGUCAAGUGGUUCACUUUGUAUUCAAUCUGUUUGCAUGUAUCUAUCUUCUACUUCCAGGAUUGAGAAAACUUUUUAUGGUGCAACAUGCAAAUAUACCAUUAGAAAAUCAGACAAAAUCUCAGAUAGCACACUCAAUGUCUCAAGAGCAAAAUCUUCCUGAGGCAGUUGAGCAGGACUCAUUUUAUCCAUGCUGUGAGAGACUGCAGCGUUUAGAAGCGUUGGUAGGCGAUCUACUUAAAAAACCUAAAAGUAUUCCUCCAGAGAAAGAAGACAUGCUUUUUGAAUCAUUGAAUCGCAUUAAAUCCAUUGAACAAGAUUUACAAAAGACAAAAAGAGCACUUAUUGCUACUGCAACAAGACAAGUAGAGCUUGCCGAGUCACUGGAAAAUUUAAAGGAAAGCAGCUUACCUGUGGCAAACGCAUGUUGGCUGAGAAAAUGCAGAUCAUAUACCCCAUCAAGAUGAGCAUCGUUAUUUAGAAAACAUGUUUAAUUAAGCUGUCUUUCAAAUUUGCCCAGACAUUCAACAAUGCGAACUAGUCAGCGAGUCUUUCUUCUUAAAGUUGUAAAUCAUAAUAAUGCAGGUUCUUUUAAUUGGAGCAGAGAGUAGCCAGCCAUCCAGCCAGCGAAGUGAAAGUGUGGCACUGUUUUUAGGGCUCAUAACACGGUUGUCAAUAGGGAUAAUUUUGGCAGUGAGCGGGACACUGAUGUACAAAUAAUGUUUGAUGUUUCUGUACAUAUUAUAUUGUCUCUUUCCUUCUCUUUGUUUUUUUUUUUCUUACAGGGUACCUUGAGUUCAACCAAUUUUUAGUCAAUUGUGAAACGUAACUAAUUAUUUCUCUCUCUUGUUUAUGAGCUAGUAGUUGGAUUCGAUGUGAGAAUCCAAUUGACCAAGUUGUUGAUUGA